UCAGGAUCCUCAGGACGUGAUGGUCCAACAGCUCUGCAGCCAGGACAGUGGAGGCCAGAGAAACAAACAGCCCAAGAUUGAAAGCACAGAAGACUGUUUGCCCAAGAAGAUUGAGGCGGUUGUCUGCAACGGCAACAGCAUUUCUGAUCUGGAGAGUGACCGGAAAAGGACCUUAUCUGAACUGGAGGCAGAGACGUUGAUGAAAAAAGAUUCACUUCAAGUUGGCAAGCACACAAUGACAAUCCCACGGAUCAUCCUCACUCAUCCCUCUACCUCAGAUGAAGACGUGGAGCUCUUGACACAGAGCCCGGGCAGAGAGCCGCUACAUGACUUUGACAUUCCUGACAGACGCGUACACCCAGACUGUUUUGACAGUGCUUUCUACCCUCCCUGACCGCAGCGUGGGGGCACACACAUGAAGGACACAGACUGUUAUUACCCCAAUUUUUGUUUUUUAGGCACUGAGGCAUUUUCAGCAAUGUUAUUGUGCAAGAUUAUUACAUGUUGGAAUGUGUUUUUCUACUGUCAUUGCAAAAGCUUUUUGUCUGUCACAUUCAACAGCUGCUAAUAGUAUUUGGUGAUGUUAAAGGCAUUUGCAAGGAUGGGGAAGUUUAUGACCUAAUUUUUACUACUAAAACCAACAGAGUUUUGCCUGUGCGGCUACAUUGAACAGUAAAGCAUGAACAGACUGUUCCCUAAUGUCUGUCCAAAUGAAAUACAUGGUAUAAUGUUAAAUACAGUCAAUUAAACAUGCUGCUGGUUACCUCUACUUCACAUCACUGUGCUGUAAGUUACCGAUGUGCUGCUAGUGUCUGUGCCUGUGACAAUGUGAAGCCCUGGAACUUUUUAUAGUCUGUUCUGAGAUAAAAUGCCACAUGGUUGAACUGAGUGCACAGCAGGGAGUGCAAGUGCUGAAGAGUCCAGAGACAGACUGUUGUCUGCUUCACA